ACCAACGUUUUUUGUUUCCACGACAACCUGUUCAUCUUCACCUGUGCCGUCGUUGGGGUCGGGCUACAAGAAGGAUAUAUUAGAUUCAAUCCUCUUGUCGAAAAACUCCGGCACGAUGUCGACGUCGAUGAGUUUGUGCCUCGGCACGAUCAACAUGGCCACUCGCCGUCCACGGCCGAAGACCAAGACGGCGUCGAAGACCAAACGAAGCAGCAACAGCGCCAGUUUCGCCGGCUUCGGCCGCCAGAAGAAAGAGCCUCUGUGGCGGUGCGUGGAGAACUGCGGCGCGUGCUGCAAGCUGGACAAGGGCCCAUCCUUCGUCACUCCCGAAGAGAUCUUCGACAACCCUGGUGACAUCGAGCUUUACAGAAGCAUGAUAGGUCCGGAUGGAUGGUGUGUACACUUUGAGAAAAGCACACGCAAAUGCUCAAUUUAUCCGGACCGUCCCUAUUUCUGUCGGGUCGAGGAGGAUGUUUUCAAGUCUUUAUACGGAAUUGAUAAGAAGAAGUUCAACAAGGAGGCAUGCAGUUUCUGCAGAGACACCAUCAAAGCAAUAUAUGGUUCGACCUCGAAAGAGUUGGAUAAUUUUAAUCGCGCCAUUAGAAGCUCCGAUCCCAACUAGGAAAAUGAACCUGGAGGGCCCUGCUUUGAAUGGUUAAGGCCAUCUUUUUCUGAAGAGCUGAUGUUCUAGUACAGUCUAGAAUUAUUCCGCCAGGUGGGGGGAUUUUCAGCAGUAUCCUAUAUGUAUGAUCGAUUCUGCAAGGACAAUGUGGGGCAACAUCGUCAGAUGAAUGUUGCAAAUCCAUCGAUAUUAAGCUAGGCAUGAAAGAGUUCAACACACCAGAUUCAGAGGGAGAAUAUGUACUACAAUGGCGUAAGAACAUGCAUAUUCUUUUUAAUAUUAGAUGGGCAACAUAUCGAUGCUAUUUAGAGAUUACGAUGUCCUAGCAUGCAUAUCUAUACGAAUUUGAAAAUGAUGGAGUCGAGACUUGUAUUGCAAGUGCGAGGGUCUUGGUAUUUACACGGACUAAAACACAUGCAAAAACAAGAGAAACUCGAGAAGUGCAUUCAAUUUGGGAGAAAUUCGAGAGCAAGAGAUAAAGGAAUAUACUCACCACCUACUCAAUGCAGCCAAGUUUUAUAUUGG